CCGUGAACUUGACAUGGCGACACCAGCAGAGACAGUUGACCUCAAGCCUGACGAAGAGGGGGCUGAAGACGAGGCCUCGACCCUGAAUGAGCUCCUCAAGCUCAUCGAUGAGUAUGACGACAGAGACGCUUUGCACAGCUUCUUCGAGCGUCUGGAACAAGAGGAACACGACAGAGUGCGAGGUGUUGCAGUUCCCACAUUGCACGCCGAAUUCAGCAAGCUGAUCUGCGACCCUGAAGCGUCGGACAAGCGCAUCAGCGUUAUCUUGUCCAUCGCGGCGCGCAUUCACGUCGAAGCGGAGGCCCGCCGCCCUGAGAGGAAGCAGGAUUAGUCGCCGCAAUACAGCCUCAUCCUCCCUGACUGCGCCACUGUGGCAUCCGUGUGCAUCUCAAAACAGCAAAGCACGACUGCGGCAACCGCCAACGUUUCAAGGCCGUCCUCACCAGCAACAUCCCCCCUUUCCAAACACAACCUUGUGUGGGAUCUUCGUUGAUGACUGCUGAAAGUCUGUUCUGUUCAGGCGUUCC